GAGAGAAGCUGCUGGGGACAUCUCUCACCGUGCAUCCCGAAAGAAACGUUGGUGCAGUCUGACGAGAGCAGGCUCUAUCCCAAAACUUAACUUAGACCAUUGGUACCUCGUUCUGUAUCUCGCAUCUGAGGAGCUUGAUGCGCACCGCGUGAAGAAAAGUGUCUCAUGUUGGGGGCGCAUCUAAGGAUGACAAAAGAGUCUUCUGCAAACGCGUGGGGAAGCGCACAACUUUCGUCGACUCCAGUGUCUUAGUUUGUAUCUGUUCAAGAUAACGAAAACCAAAUCAGAUUAGACAGAAAAUCCAGGAUUCCCACGCUCACACAUGCGCGCCGCUGCAGGACCGUAGCGCAGCGCACACCUUUAAAUGAAUAUGGGCUUUCUGUUGGGGGAGCAUCCGACGAGAUUUGGAAACUUGUGAGUGACCGGUAUCGGGGACCAACGGCCACCCCAUCUGGAAGGUGGUGGCGACGCCGCCAAACUUUUCUGUUUUAGCACUUCAACAGUAGUUUUCGCUGACCCUGACACAUCAGCGCUCUUGGAUGUUGACUAUCAUACGUUUACACUUGCAAUCGGCUUCAGUUUUUGUCUGUUUGUUUGGGUUGAAACAUGGCUUUCAGAAACGAUUUUGGUGGAUUGUUAAUGCUUCUACUGCUCGCAUUGGAUGUUUCAGUGACUUCUGGAACCAACCUGGAGCCAAUCUACUGGAAUUCUUUAAAUAAAAGGUUUAAUGAUGAAAAAGGAUAUGUGCUGUACCCCCAGAUUGGGGACCGCCUGGACCUGAUCUGCCCAGCGUCACUGCCCCCUGGGCCACACUCGACAGAGGACUAUGAGUAUUACAAGCUCUACCUGGUGAGCACAAGGGAGCAGGCAGAGCGCUGUGAGAUUAUCGGAGCCCCUAACCUUCUUCUGACCUGUGACAAGCCUACGAGUGACAUGCGCUUCACUAUCAAGUUCCAGGAGUACAGUCCCAAUCUCUGGGGACACGAGUUCAAGACACAGCAUGACUACUACAUAAUCACUACCUCUGAUGGAACAAGACAAGGCCUGGAGAGCAUAAGAGGAGGAUCCUGUCAAAGCAAGGGCAUGAAGGUCAUCCUCAAAGUCGGUCAGAAUCCCCACAACGUGGGCCCUAAACCCCAGAAGCCGAAUGUGGACAUUUCCCCCGAUGUGCCAUCGGAGUUUGAUCCAAACCGGGCCCCCAAUAAGGAGAACCCCUCAGGUUCUUCUGGAAAUUCGACCAAUAAGGGAAAUGGUGAGAAUGGGCCACUCCCAGCCUCCAACAUUCCCAUCAUUGCCGGUGCAGCUGGAGGGUCAGCUUUUCUCCUUAUCAUCGCCAUCAUCAUCGCAGUGGUUUGCUAUCGGAGACGACAGUCCAAGCACUCUGACACGCACCACCCACCACUGUCCUUGUCUACUCUAACCAGCCCCAAGAGAGGUGGCAACAACAACGGAUCGGAGCCGAGCGAUAUCAUUAUCCCGCUACGGACUUCCGACAGUGCCUUCUGUCCACACUAUGAGAAGGUCAGCGGGGAUUAUGGACACCCAGUCUAUAUAGUCCAAGAAAUGCCCCCCCAGAGCCCAGCCAAUAUUUAUUAUAAAGUAUGAACACACUGUGUUGCUCUAGGAGUACAUUUUUCCUUUUUUUUUGUUUUAAACUGGUCUGGCUGCAUUUUGUAACAGCUUUUACAUUUUUCUUUUUUACAGUCUGUUGUAAGAAGCACAGACUUUCUUUGCAACUUUUUUGCUUUAUGAACAACCCCCAGACC